AUGGGUGCAGCGAUCGACGACCACGCCCCCCGCUUAGAGGCCCUGUACGCCAAGCGACUACUGGCCUUCGGAGGAAGAAAGUCAAAGAAGCCGCCGACGCCCGUCAUCCGCACCAACGACGACGGGGAGCCCCUCACCGAGAAGAGCGAAAUCGCCGACCACGUCCUAGCCUUCUACGGCAAAGUCGAGCAAGCUAUUGCUACGGAUGCAGACGGGGUAGCAGCCGACUACAACAAGAGGACUCGCCACGCAGGACCAGGACCAAAGAUCCAAAACAUAAUACCCAAGCACCAGCUGACCAGCCAGCUCGCCGCCGCCAAGCGAGGCCGCCGAGGAGGCCCUGACCAGCUCACCGACGACAUGUCCAGAGCCAGCCCUGAAGGGAUGGCUCGCCUGCUCCACCCGGUCCUAGUCAAGACCCACUUCGAGAGCACCGAGCCCAUCGCCGCCAAGGGAGGUUACUCUGCCUAUUUCCGCAAGGGACAGGGUGCCAUGGAGCUCCAGAAAUCAUACCGCGGCAUCCUGCUCAACAACACCAUCGGCAAGAUGCACAGCACCUUCCUCCGACCCCGUGUGAAGGGCCUGCUACCGGAGCUACUAGAAGCAACCCAAUGCGGCGCCCGACCCAAGGUGGCCACGGAUUUCAUCACUCACACCAGCCUCGCCUUCAUCAGCGACUGCCAGAGGAGAUCAAGAUCAUGCAGCAUCACCUCCCUGGACCUCAGGGAGGCCUUUCACUCCGUCAUCAGGGAAUUCUGCAUGCAAUUGCCGACCACCGCUGAUGAGCUCAACGAGCUCAUCGAACGGAUCGACAUUCCCGAUUUCACCAGACCAGCUCUAAAGGAACGACUCCAGCAACCCGCCUACAACAACCAACACAUCGACGACGAGCACCUCUGCCACAUAAUCGCAGAUCACCACACCUCCAACUGGGUGACAGCCAAGAGCGCAAGGCACUACCAGCUGCCUCGGACCAGCACCCGAAGCGCGCUCAGAAACAUGUCCCUCGUCGACGACCUCACCGACUACAGCUCGACCGCCAAGGCCAACGACCUGAUCAACGCGACAGCUCUGGCAGCAGCCAGGCUCUGCACAGCAGCAUUCCAGCAUGGACUGAAGCCACAUCCCGAAAAGACCAAGGCCAUCCUCAUGCACUACGGCGCGGGGGCCAAGAAGGAGAAACAGCGGAUAGCCAAGGAGGGCAUCACAUACCUAGAACUGGACAGACUUGCCAUCAAAGAACAGCUGGUAACGCAACAGAAAGCUCGGCCUCUAGAGAAGCAGAUCCUCCGCCGCAAGAAGCUCUCGAAGAAAGCCAAGGUCAAGUACGCCCACUCUUGUUCGACAUCUUCGCUUACCUACAACCACCAUGUCUGGAACGACCUGACCCGGAAGGACCUGAGGCACAUUUCCGCCAAGUACAUGGGCCCAUACCGAGUCGCAGCUUCACUGCCCAAGACCAACUCACCCGACCUGCACAUCUCCGAGGCCGAGGCGAUCGCCAAGACAGGAGUACCCGACUUCAUCGCCCACCAGUCGAUCGCGCGGCUACGAUACUUGCCCAAACUCCUGAGUAAUGCUCCAGCAGUCCUACUUCAGCUACUCGACGGCCAGCGCCAACGAAAGGGCACAUGGAGCCGCCAGCUCAAGAAAGACUUCGACUUCCGACGCACGUACUUACCAAAAGAGAGGUGGCCCAGCCAAACCCAGCACGACCGCGACAUCAUCAACUGGGCCCGACAGAAGCCGAAGCGAUUCACCAACGCGGUCAAGGCAGCUUCGAAGGCAUACAUUCUCCACACUCGCGACCAAGCUCAAGGCGCCAAGCUCCAGAAGGACAUCUGGAUGACCUCAGCAGAUCACACAACUGAAGUGACGGACCUCUGCGACGACACGAACAACCAGAAGUACGUCUGCUACGCCUGCGGCCGAGUCGCCUCCAGGCAAGGCAUGCUAAUCCAUAUGGGCAGGGACCAUCCAGUCCAUGAAGACCCGCGCUUCUGGGCGACAGGUACCGCGUGCCGAUGCUGCCAGACCGAGCACCACUCUCUUCCGAGGCUCAUCAAGCACUUACCGGUGGCUCACCGUUGCCGCAAAUCCUGGCACGCCUGGCACACCCAGACGAUGGAGCCUCUGACGGAGCAGCAAAUAGCAGAUACCCUCGCCGCCAUCGCCGAGGCCACAAACGCCAACAAGAAGCAAGGACGACACCCAACCUUCAGCGACAAGCCAGCCUACCCGUGCGACGUCACGCCGCUGCCUCUCCUCGAAACGUCGCCCGUCCUACCCAAAGCAUUCGCCAGACUCGAGCCAUCACCAAGCAGACCACCCGCGAGCUCGCCCGCAGAACCAGCCAAGCGCCAAGAAACCGUCUUCAUCACCGACCGCCCUCGACAGGCCGCCGACCUCCAACAGAUCAUGGCCAGCAAUGGGAUCACGAGCAUCAGCGGACUGGACUACACGCAGAUCGUCAUCCCCAGCGGUGGCCAUACCUCAGAACUUCCGACAGUACUUCGGCGAGCACAACGCAGGAUCCCACAUGGCGAGGUAGCGGCCAUCGACGUAGAGUUCCCACGACGUACCUGGUACCUACACGAUGCAACCGACAUUCUAGGCAGCAGGGCAAGCAAGCGGCGCACCCCAGCACCCUGGGGAACGCCUCAAGUCUCCGAAACCAUCGCCGACGAGAUAUUCGCCGCCAACAACGUCACACGAGAGGUCUUGCGUAUGAUCUUCAUGGCGACCGCUACCAAAGUACCAUUCGUUGCAGCCAUCUCUGCCGAGUCGAUCACCAGGCAGACCCCAGAAUAUCGGUACAUCGCCAACCUGGCGACCGUCUACGAGACCCCGACGAAUCACUACGACCCCGGCACCAUACAGAUCCUCGACAACGGCGCCCGCGACGACCUCCGCAACACAAUGCACACGGCAAACGAAGAGGAGAUCGACCUCACCAUUGCCGACCUGCUCGACGGCAACAUUGUGGCUAGAUGGGGCCUCAGAACCGCAACCGUUGCUCCCGCCAGCCCGAACCUGAACACCAACG